UAGCAACCUCUCCAAAAAAUAUGGCUUCCAAUGCAUGGGUAGCUCUUGCCAUAGUUCUUGCAACCCUCCUCGGCACACACGCUGCAGACCCUGACAUCACAUCAGAUUUCAUAGUGCCGGAUGGAGUCACUCCAGAUGCCGACUUCUUCACCUUUAAAGGGCUCAAUCAGGCCUUGCGGGGUGCUCCCAGAGAUGCACCAUUUAAGGUGACCAAGGCGAGCCAGGGAGAGUUCCCUGCACUCAUGGGGCAGAGCGUCUCGUAUGCUGCGCUACAGUUUGCACCUGGAGGCAUCAAUGCACCCCACACCCACCCUCGCUCGGCAGAGCUUCUCCUCGUCGUGCAAGGAUGGCUCGAGGUCGGGCUAGUAGACUCCAACAACACGCUCUUCACUCAGGUGCUGCGGACUGGUGACCUGUUUGUGUUCCCCAAAGGCCUGGUGCACUUCCAAUCGAACAAAGACCCCAGAUACCCAGCUGUUGCCUUGUCGGCAUUCGGCAGUGCUAAUGCCGGCACAGUCUCUCUCCCGAAGACUUUGUUUGGCAGCGGCAUUGACAAAGAUGUGUUGGCCAAGUCCUUCAAGACUGAUGCUCUAACCAUUGACAUGCUUGUUUCAGCUGCCGCCCUGGGUUGAUUUACUUGACCCUCUGAAGUUGUUUGCAUCUUUCUGUAUCCUGUUUUGAUUUCCUGUUCGUUUUGAGAGUAUGUUUGGUAGCUUGUUAUUCUUCAUAGGAGUGUCAAAUGUUGA